GAAGCAAUGGUUUCAGAAUGUCAUCAGGCAUCCAAAUAAAACCAAAGACUGCAGUACAGAAGAGCAAGACAUCUCCUUUGCCACGUUCUCCAGAACCUGCAACUAAACCAAAGCCUAGUGAUAAGUUGAAUCCUAAAACUAUUGAUCCGUUUGGUACCUAUUCUCGACCAACUUCUGCAUUUGCUGCUAUAUAUGCUAAAGGUGGCAUUCCGUGCAGGUUAGUUCAUGGAUCAGUAAAGCACAGACUGCAAUGGGAAUGUCUUCCCGAAACUGUUCCCUUUGAUCCUCUUCUUGUGACAUUGGCAGAGGGUCUAAGAGAGACAAAACAUCCCUAUACAUUUGUUUCGAAGGAGGGUUUUAAGGAAUUACUUAUGGUUGAAGGUGCUGCUGAAAAAACAAUUCCCUUAUUGCCUCGUCUAGUUCCAGUCUUAAAGGCUGCACUGGCCCAUUCAGAUGAUGAAGUAUUUGUAAGAGGAUUGGAUGCUUUAGUUCAACUGAGUGCUGCGGUUGGCCCAUCUCUUAAUCAUCAUCUUAAGCAUCUACUCGCAAAUCUUUCAAGGAGAUUAAUGAAUAAGAAAUUUCGAGAAAAAAUUACUGUUGCUUUACAGAAGUUGGAGCAAUAUGGUGGAAAGGUGACUACGGCUAUCAUCAAAUCUAAAAUUCCAACCUAUUGUUCUGUCUCCUCUUGA